AUAUAUGCAUAAUGAAUAUUUCAUGUUUACAAUUCAUGUGUUCUAAUGAGAGGAUUCGUGAGCACGCAGAUUUCAGCACCGCAUUGCUCAACGCUGCAAACACGUGUAAGAGCCUAAACAGAAACUCUGCAUACUCCUGCACCUGUUAAUCGUUUAGAUUGCAUAUUAGUUCAUGUUGGUUUUGUGCAGUAGAUGAAUAACAAUUUAUUUGUUUUAGAUAGUUUAUGUUUAGAUAUUUCUAUUUUCCGGGAGUCCCGUGGAUCAUUUUAUGAAACAUUCAAAAUGUGACAAGUAAAGUAGCAUGAUUGUAAAGCAAAGCCUGCAGAGAAACCACAGGUGUGUCGAACACAGUAAGGUGCAAGAUGAAACUUAGGGCACCUUAGGGCUUAUUGACUGAACUGAUUUGCAUUUGUAUGCAUAGCUCAUGGGCGUCGCUACGCCAUUUUUAGGAGGGGCUAUAGCCCCUCCGCCCCCACAAAAAAAUGACUACUCAGCCCCCCUACAAUUUUGCAAUGAGAUAAAGAGGGAGUUUUCAGGAGUGAUGAUAUUACUGCGCCGAGGUCGAAGUGCUGCGAAGUGCUCUUCCGCCAUACAUUCUAGUUAUUAUUAUUAUCCGCUUAGGAAAUCUCCAUUGUUUAUUUUGUGUCACCACACUUACUCAUGUAACCGUCUUGAAAUAGGGAAAACAUGGAAGUGUUUGGUAGCUUCUAAAUUCAUCCCUGUUUGGAUCCUAAGGAAUUACUGGUGCUAAGCUAAAGGCUAGCAUAUUGGCACUGCGCUUGAGUGCACGCACUGAGACUGGAGAGACAGACCCUCAAAAUGACUCGUUCCUUGAGAGAGGUGGUGAAGGAGUACAUAUCAGAGCGGCGAGUUCGCAAAUACCGCCUGGUGACCAAAGACGGCCGCUGCAACAUCGAGUUUGGCAACGUGAUGCACCGAAACCACUUCGCCUACGUCCUGGACAUAUGGACCACCUUCGUCGAGACCCGAUGGCGGUUUGUCAUCUUCAAUUUUGUGGCGUCCUUCACCCUCAGCUGGUUCAUCUUCGGCCUCCUCUGGUACUGGAUCGCCAGAGACCACGGUGACCUAAAGUGGCAGAAUCCACCCGAGAAUCACACGGCCUGCGUCUACAGCGUCAACACACUGACUUACGCCUUUCUCUACUCGCUGGAGACCCAAACCACCAUCGGAUACGGAAACCUGUACGUCACUGACGUCUGUGCUGGAGCUGUGGCUCUGAUCAUAAUUCAGAGUCUCAUCGGCACCAUAAUCAACUGCUUCUGGUGCGGCGUGGUUAUGGCAAAAAUCGCUCUUCCCAAGAAGAGAGCCAAGACCAUAACCUUCACCGACCAGGCAGUUAUCUGCCCUAAAAAGGGCACCCUUUGCCUUCAGAUCCGAGUGGCCAACCUGCGCAAGACCUUGAUGAUCGGUAGCCAGAUUUACGGCAAGCUCCUGAGGACCACAGUCACCCCCGAAGGUGAGACCGUCAUCUUGGACCAGGUCAGCAUUGACUUCAUGGUGGACGCCGGCAAGGACGGCCUGUUUUUUGUGUGUCCUUUGACCCUUUACCACGUCAUCGACAAAACCAGCCCGUUCUUUGACAUGGCGGUGGACACUCUGCAUCAGCAUGAGUUUGAGCUUGUGGUGUUUUUUGACGGCACGGCCGAGUCCACCAGCUCGUCCUGCCAGGUCAGGACUUCCUACAUCCCUCAGGAGAUCAUGUGGGGCUACGACUUCCUCCCGAUCAUCUCCCGCAGCAAAGAGGGAAAGUACCGCGUGGACUUCUCCAACUUCGCCAAGCAGGUGCCCGUACCGACCGCUCAUUGCGCAUACUGCUACCACAACGAGGCGGGACACCAUCACCACGUCAGCGGCAUUGAGAACCAGGGCUUCGAGGUGAUCGACAUUGAGGCGCCCAACGUCACCAAAAUGUAAAGCUUUCUGACUGACAUGUACAGAGCGACAUUGCAAGGUCUUGCACUAUACUAGAAACACUGGACACAAAUGCUUUUUGUCUCUCAUAGUGAGCACAAGAGGCAAGACGAGUGUUUUAUCUCUAGAAAUUCCUCUAUCUACCCACUGAAAAAUGAAGUGCAGUGGCCAUUUUUUAUUUUCUGGAAUGUAGUUAUGAUUUUACAGAGCAGCUAGUCUUCAAAACUCUUUGUUCUGACAAUAUCAGAAAUAUAAGAGUGUAAAUUGUCCUUGAGGUUAAAUUAGAACUGUCUUCUGUUACAGGGUCAUUGGGAGUGAGAGGAUGAACUGAAAGUUCCUUCAUAUGAGAUUAACUUUUAUUAAUCGGUCUAUGUAUAAAAGUCUACGAUGAACUGAUUUCAAAUUCCAUUGAACCAGCAGAUGCUUUCACGCUCUGAAUCACUCUGGGAUUGUGUAUUUCUUUGUAAAUUAGUAGAUAUUGUUAAUAUUGCAUUAUUGUAUAAAUGUCAUUUGCAUUUUGUAUCUAUCAUUUUG